CUGCGCGAGUCUGCGUAUAACGGAACGCGCAGCGAGCGCAGCAGCCCUCGGCUAAUUGGAGCGCGCUGAUCUCUCACCAGUCACAGAUUUUGAUGUCAUAGGUUUGUGCUACACACACACAGCUCCGCGACGAUCUGGCAGGUCUCAUAUGUGAGAGCCUCUAGGAGAGUCGCAGCUCGUCUCCUCCGCGCAGUUUCACUUUAACCUCCGUGCAGCAGCAGCUAUUGAACUUGGAGGCGGUGAACACGGAGAACCAGCUGAACAGGACCACCCAGGGCACAGUCACAGCAGGUGAAAGAGUUGGUCCAGAAGGAGCCUUGAGAAGCAGUGUGAAGAAUGGGGAGAAAAAAGAUCCAAAUAUCUAGAAUAAUGGACCAAAGAAACCGUCAGGUCACAUUCACCAAGCGCAAGUUUGGCCUCAUGAAGAAGGCAUACGAGCUGAGUGUGCUUUGUGACUGUGAGAUUGCGCUCAUCAUAUUCAACAGCACAAACCGGCUCUUCCAGUAUGCCAGCACAGACAUGGACAAGGUGCUGCUCAAGUACACCGAAUACAGUGAGCCUCAUGAGAGCCGCACCAACGCUGACAUCCUUGAGACUCUGAGAAGAAAAGGCCUGGGUCUGGACAGCCCAGAUAUGGACCCUGAAGACGCAGUUACCAUGACAACAGAAAAGUAUCGUGAGAUGAACGAGGGCAUUGACCUGUCCCUGUCCCGCCAGCGAUACUAUGGUCCCCCUCUGCUUCUCCCUGAAGCUCAGUACCUGGUGUCUGGUACUUGUGAGAAUGGAUUCCCAAACAGCAACAUGGGGGGCAGUCUUCACAGCUCACAUCGACCAGCUCCAUUUAAGCCUGUGCCCCCCAAAGUGGCACACCAUGGUGGAAACAGCCCACAGGCCCCAAAUGCAGGUGUCGGUUACUCCAUGUUCUCCCAUGCCAACCUGAACCGGGUUCUGGAUAUGAAGACUUCGUCACAUGCAAGUCUUGGAGCAGACAGCAGAAGAGUGGAGGUUCAUGCAGCCCUGGCCGGCACCAGGGCUAACCUGGGGGCUGUGAGGGCGCUUUACCCGGGGAUGCACCCAGGAAGUCAAGGCAUGACAAUGACCAAGGCUGGACUCUCUGGGCACGGCCUGGGAGGAUAUACCCUGGCAGCUGCCGGACCUCCUGAGUACCCACAUUCUGGCUUUGCCCAGUCCGUGACUCUUCAGCGUAAUGCUGUCAGCCCCUGGCAGCAGAUGCACCCACAGGACGUCCCGUCGCUGGCCAAUGGAAGUCAUGGAAUUUUGGGUGGCAACAGCAGUGGCAGUUCCUUUCCUGGACAGAACCUGGAGCCCACCUCCCCUCAUCCUGCUGCCAUGAAUACCAACAUCAAGUCCGAGCGCCUCUCACCUGUCAGCUCCUGCUCUCCAACCACGACCACCCAGCGUCUCACCAGUCGGCCCUCCCCAGCUGGCACCUCAGACCCUACGUCGACUGGUGAGCCUUAUCCAGCCCGUGAGAGAGAGGACUUCCAGAAAGGUGGCUUUUCGUGCCCACUAGUCCUUGCCCCCAGGCCAGUCUCAGAAGACAAGGGUGGUUUGCGGCGAAUAGAAACCACCGAGAGUUGGCACAGAUAACUGGUCCUUGGCACGCAUCCUGGCUCACAAUUCACUUCUUCUUUUGGUCUCCCUGCUCUCCAGAAUAUUUGCUUACAAAAAGAUCAAGAACUUGUGUGCCAAGCUUGUUUACCAACAGUUAUGCAUA